AUGGCUAUCUAUUUAUCAGCCGAAAAAGAACGUGAACUCGUUGAAACAGCCCGUCGUAUGUUGGAGGGAGGCAAAGGUUUAUUAGCUGCUGAUGAAAGCACAGGUUCAAUGGCCAAACGUUUACAAUCAAUUGGUCUAGAAAAUAAUGAAGAAAAUCGUCGAUUAUAUCGUCAACUAUUAUUUACUGGCUCAAAAGAUUUAGCUCAAAGUAUAUCCGGUGUAAUCCUCUUUCACGAAACACUUUAUCAAAAUAAUGAUAGUGGAAAACCAUUCCGACAAAUUUUGCAAGAACAAGGAAUCAUUCCUGGCAUUAAAGUUGAUAAAGGUUUAGUACCAUUAGCUGGAACAAACGGAGAAAACACUACCCAAGGUUUGGAUGGUUUAUCCGAACGAUGUGCACAAUAUUAUAAAGAUGGUGCUCGUUUUGCAAAAUGGCGUUGUGCAUUGAAAAUUGGUGACGGCUUGCCAUCGGAAUUAGGAAUAAGAGAAACAUCAAACGUUUUAGCACGUUAUGCAUCAAUUUGUCAACAAAAUGGCAUUGUGCCAAUUGUUGAACCCGAAGUAUUACUGGAAGGUGAUCAUGAUUUAGAAACGUGUCAACGUGUUACAGAAAAAGUAUUAGCAGCCACGUAUAAAGCAUUGAGUGAACAUCAUGUAUUCUUAGAAGGAACAUUAUUAAAACCAAAUAUGGUUACUGCCGGCGGUCAGUCCGAAGAAGAUGCUUCAAUUAAUUUAAAUGCAAUUAAUCGUUAUCCGGGUAAAAAACCUUGGGCAUUAACAUUCUCAUAUGGUCGAGCAUUACAAGCUUCAGUUUUAUCAAAAUGGGCAGGAAAAUCAGAUAAUGUUCAACAAGCACAAGAUGAACUUAUUAGACGUGCAAAAGCAAAUUGUUCGGCUGCUCAAGGUAAAUAUGAAGGUGGAACACAGAGCAUUGCUGGUCAACAAUCAUUAUUUGAAGCUGGUAGAAAUUAUUAG